AUGGUCAAUAGUCUCUGGUUCCAGUGGAAGAGCCUCAAGCUCCCCUGGCGAAAAUCCCGAAUUGCCGGCGUGGAUCUCGCCGGAAAUACUUUCUGGGAGUACAGAGAUGACCCAAAUGCCAAUCGUUGGCGAAGAAUGCUGAAGCCGGACCCCAAGAUUCAUCUAAGCGAUGUGCAAGUUACCCCACAAUGGCAUCAAUGGCUCCGAUAUGUACGCGAACAUCCCCCAACCGUUGAAGAGCAGCAACAAGACGUUGUUCGACAACUCCAAAUCAAGCAACUCGCCCGACUCGCCGAUGAACGCUGGGCCAGUAAACCGUCCUAUCUCGACAAGCCCCAGCCCCAGAACCCGAUCCCUUCAGUCGGCGACGGCUCUGGGAGCUUGAAGUCUCAAAAUCUCCCCCAUUCCACACAAUCUGCGACGCCUUCACAGACCGAGUCGGCUUCGCAACCAACACCCCCAAAGGAAGCGAACCCAUGGGCCAAGGCAGACCGUAGCAACCCCGGCGACAGCUGGCAGCCAUCCGACUGGUCGCCAAAUUCCAAGCGAUGA